UUGCAAGAGUCUGAGAAUAUGUCUAUCAGUGAAGCGGGUAGAAAGGUAGGGCUCUCCAAGUCAACAGCUAUUCGUAAAGUCAAGCAGUGGAAUCAAAUGACAAGCGAAAUAGCUGAAAAAGGGUUCCCUGAUUCUAUCGCAAUCAAAGAAGGAAAGGGGCGACCCACAAUACUCAAAGACGAACAUACUGUAUUUAUCUUUGAGCUGCUGGCUAAUGAGCCAACAUUGACAGUUGAAACUGUUACAGACCACCUGUCAAAAGAAUUUAGAGAUAUACAGAUCACCCCCAGAUCAGCGGAGAAUCACAUGAAGAAGAAG